AUGCAGCUCGGGGAAACUGUUGGCAAGAAGACUCAGACGUCCGACGUCCACAACCUCAUGAUCAAGUCCCACCUAGACAGCGACACCCGCGAGAAGGUCAGCAAAAUGCUUGUCGUCGCGCACAACCCUCACUACACCAGCGUUGCCGACGCCCACGAGGUGGACCUCGGAGUGGGCGCCAUGCAGGCCCUGGUCGCUCUUGCCGAGAGCAAGGGUGACAAGGAGAUGGCCGACAAGCACCGUGCUGCCAUCCAGGCCAAGUCCCAGUCCGCCACCACGGCCCUCUCCAAGAAUGAGUUGCGCUCCAUGGUCAAGAUGGCAGAGAAGUCUGGUGAUGUGCAGACGGCCAAGAAGUACAAGCAGCUCUUGGACCAGCUGGACAAGGGGAGCGAGCAGCCAGCUCAGCUCAGGGCCAACAAAGCGCAUGCGAAGGUCCGCAACCUCAAGAGCAAGCUGGAGGCGGAUAACGUGGUGCUCCAGGACCUGCUCGCGCAAGUGGACAAGCAGCGCAUGCUGGUGGCCGAGUUGGUUACCGAGCUCGAGAGCGCGGAUGCCGACUACAAGGAAGCGGUGGCCGAGGCCGCUGCAGGAGUGGGAGCCCCUGGCAAAGCUGCGGCGGCUGAGGCUGGGGGGCCACCCAAGCUCUCCUUGGCCAAGCUCAUGGACGGGGACCUGGACGACCUGGACCUCGACGACGACGGGCUCUUCGGCUACGCGGAGUUCGAGGAGCUCGGGCCCGAGGCCUUGGCGGAGGCGAAGCGCAGGAAGAAGCAGAUGCCCGAGCCCUUCAGGCAGAUGGCGGGCAGCUUCUUCGGCCAGGUGCGCCAGAAGGGAGAGGCCCUGCAGGCCGAGCACAAGGCCCUGCAGGAGCGGCUGGCGGCGAAGAAGCGCCGCACGGCCGAUGAUGAGGAGUCCAUGGGGGAGCCAGCGCCUGCAGCAGCGGGGCAGCCUGGGCAGCCUGCUCCGUCUGAAGGGGCGGGCGCUCCUCCUGCUGGCCAGCCAGGCACUGCGGGUGGAGCUGGCGACAGCGAGCAGCUCAAGGCCGAGGCUCGGGCUGCGGUCGCAGCGGCUUCGGCAAAUGGCGCAAGCAAGGGUGUGGCCGCUGCAGCGGCGGGUUGGUGGGCAGUCGAGGCUUGCGAAAAGCAGUGCCACUUCUUCUACGUCGGCUACGUCAGCGGCGGCUUCUGCGUCGACUGCUACCCCUUCGAGUGCGUCGCCAUGUACUUCUACCAGUGCUUGCGGGGCCGUCAGCACGGCGAGCGGCUCGCCAACUUCGUCUUCGGCGCGCCCGUCGACCACGCCGAGAGCUCCGAGCCCGACAGCGACUUCGGGGCACCCCCAGAGCCGCCCGACCCUUCUGGUUCCGGCCUCCGAGUGGAGACUUGUAACGCCACUUGCUGGAACUCGUUCAAGGAGUGGCUGAGUAACACCACGGCUCGCAUCAUUUGUCUGCAGGGCAUCCAGGGGGCGAGCAUCGUGCAAGUGGCGCAGCUGUCACCGCACAAGCCCGUCCACCUGCAGUUGCACCCGCGGUUGUCGCAGUUGUGCGCGCUCACGUUCCGUAAGCCACCGCCUAUUCCGAAGGAAAGGCCGACUGGGGUCGGUCGUGCUCCUCCCGAUCGGAGCAGGGUGCAGAACGUUGCCGUGGGGUGUCUGGGGACUGCGAUCACUGGGAAUUUGUCGGAGACCCAAGGCAUGUUGGACUGGGCCUACGGCCUUUGGGCUGAUCUGGCUGAGCAGGAGCUUUGUGGCCUGGCUCAGGAGACGCUGCCUUUUUACGGUGCCCGCAGUAAGUCACCGCAGCUGCACUGGGUUCCCAUCAUCAAGGACAAGGCCCCCCCUUUCAGGCACCCCAAGUUGUUCGCGGGCAAGUGGGUCUCCCAUCGGUUCCAGGCUGAGUGGCUGGAGGCUGCUCAAGAUGUGCUCUCACUUGUGCAGAAGUAUGUGGUCAAGCUUCAAGGAGUUGUGGCUGGCUGCUCCAUGGCCACGACCGUGGUCCGUGUGUAUAUCCUGGGGCCGAUGAGUAACAUCCGACUCCCCAGGGGUGUUUUCCUGGCUCAGUUUAUCGAUGGCUCGGGGCUGGACUCCACGGGGAAAGCUCAGGACGUGCUUUUCGGUAUCAAGGAAGGUUCGAGGCAACUGGAGCACGCGCUGGUCCACGAGUGCGGCUGCUCGAUCUCGCUCUCCAAGGCCGGCCAGGGCAACCUUGUCUGCUCGGACGGAUCGGUGGCCAGGGAGCUUCAGUUUUUCUUCGGCGACCGCACGGGGCCCCUGUGCGAUAGCGUCGUGGAUCUUGGUAUUGAAUUUGCAGCAGGUCGGUCCAGGAGGAAAGCGUAUAUCAAGAAGGCCCUCAGAGAGUCCAAGCUCAAGAUUCGCACGGUCAAUCUGAAGGCUAAAGCGCGCAAGGCCUGGUGCAUUUUCUUCCAGAAGAAGCCGCCUUCUACUUGGCGCGAGGUCACGGGUCCGUUCUCGACCAUGUACAUGUGCCUACAGAGAAUCCAGUGGAAGUUCAUAGAUUGGGCCACUCUGGAAAAUGAUUUCGGGGAGAAGCUGGUCUUCUACUUCAACCUGCAGGAAGCGACAUGGGAGGACCCGGGCAGCGACCUGUCGAUCGAAUAUUGGAAGCAGUCACUGUCUGCCUCCAGCGGGGAGUUCUACCACAACGGGAAGAACACCAUCGUUCUCCACGCCCCGAUCGCGCCCACCACCCACAGGCUCACCGGCAUCCACCGCCAACUGCGCAUCCUGAACAUGCUGAGGUUCCCGCGCUACUUCCAGGAGAGCAACGACGUCCUGCAGUGCCUGGACGAGCUCAUGAUGACCGAAGCCAGCCAGGCCCGCACCGGCGCCAAUGACCCCGCCGUUGUGACGCAGGCCGCCUUCGAAGAGGUAGCGAACUACUUGAGAACAAGCACCGCCUACAUCCUGAGGGGCAUCCCGACGCCCUUCGCGACCGCCGACAUCCAGGAGAGCAUCGCCAGGAGCAUGAUCCUGGUCCUCCAGCUGAACAACCUUCUGGCAUCCUACCGCGCGAGCGGGAAGGCUUCGACCGCGACAGGCCCCAGGACCCAGAUCUCGCGCAUCGACUGCGCCAUCGCGGACCACGGGCUCGACCCUCGCCACCGCAUCCUCGGCGCCGAGACGGGCGCCGGCGACGACGCAGCGAGGGCGCUGCUGCGGAAGCUGGAGACCCUGAGCUACCCCGAGCUGGAUUCCGCAGGUCUUCAAGGCGAGUCGUACUGCAAAAUCGUGCUGUGGCUUGAGGAGGAGAAGAUCCGCCUGUACACCCCUGCGCAGCGGAAGACCCUUCGCGACUUCAACGACGCGUGGUACGGUCACGUCGCCACGUACGCCAGGGAGUUGGGCGUGCAAGCAGACGGUCCGCUAUGUUUUCUUUGUUGGCAGCUUUUUGGGUUGAUCGGAUUUGUUGUCUUGUCCAUGAAAGUUUCGUGA